UCCUAAAAAUUUCAAAGUAUCGUGGGAAGAUCAACGCUGCGCUUGCGCGCGCCUUAUCUCACACGCGAUCAACGCUAAAUUUAGUGUCAGAAACGGAAUUUGGCUAGUUGCCGAAAAUAGAUCAGUUAUCAAAUGGAGAUCGAGAUUUAUCCUCUCUUGCCCUCUCAUAAUUAGCGAUACCAGGCCGAACGAACGAUUCAUCAGGCUACCACCUGCCGCCACUUCUCCACGCGGUCACGGAGAUGCAGCCGUUUUCAGAUUAAAACAAUAGCGCUUCCUUUGAAUAUAUCUUUUACCGAAAUCCAUUGAAAUAAUGAAGAACACGUGAAAAUUAACGCAUUUGCGCGGGAAGCUGUGCAGUAGAUCCACUACAUGAAUGCUAAGGAUGGGUCCUCUUCAAAUCUGGAAAAUUCAAACGAAGAAAAGAAAGACAAAAAAGAAAACAUUGAGAAUGAAGAUGAAAAUCCCGGAGAGGAAGUGGCGAUAAAGACGGAUGCGACAGAUUGUGAUAUCAAAUCCCUCAAAGAGGAACCAGAUUGUCUGGAAAACAAAUGUGAGUCGUCUUUAGAACUGCCUUUAGAACCAACCCUUCACGAGCGAUUUUUGCGUAUUAAGCAAACCGUGAAGGACGCUAUAGCUGCCCAUCAUACUUUUAUGAUUUACGGCAAGUCACGGGUCAUUCGCGAUUGCAUGUUGAAGCGAGGAUGGUGUGAGAGAUUUUAUCGCAGGAACAGCGGCGGUGAUCAACAUUUCAACGUCGAUUCUAACCCAGUGCUUCUACUGGCUGGAAUCGGCAAUUUAAAGGAUCAGCAAAAUGAAGGUUUAUUGAUGUCGAGGAUGCUCGCCAAUCACACCGUUGACUUUCUAUGGAAUACUGGGUCCGACUGGCCCGGAUGGCCUGCCCAAGAUAAUAAAACUACUGUGUUCAAUCGAUAUUGUCGAGCUGGCUUCACAUCUAAGGUGGGCUUGUGUUCAAACGUCAGGCAAAUGCACUGGUAUUACGAAGCUGGAGUGGCUAACACUUUGUUUCCACGUUGCUACAACAUAUGUCAAAGCGAUCAGAUGCAUGCUUUCAUCGAGGACUUUCGACUCACAGGCUGUUUGAGUCUCUUAAAAUGGUUGGUGGACAAAGUCAAUGCUGAGGAUGAAGACGUUGUACGUUCAUCAACCGGCACCGUGCCUCUCAAAGUUCUUGAUUUCGCGAUCAAAAGAUGUAGUGACUAUAUCAGCGCUCAAUCACACGAGGACAUUGAUCAGGAAGGUGAAAAGGUUUGGUCUCAUCAGUGGGAUCAAUUUAUCAGUUGGUGUUAUCAGAUAGUUCGCGGUCAGGCUCUCUUCAUUCGCACCAACAUGCCCUUCAACAAAUAUAUCCUGGCUUCAAAGCACAUAUUAAAGAAAAUAAGGAAGUACUGGCCGCAGAUUGAAAUGGACGGCAUAAUGAACAUAUGGAUUUUAAAACCUGGGAACAAGAGUCGGGGACGUGGUAUUGUUCUGAUGAACAAGUUGGAGGACGUAGUAGCGAAAGUAAAUCCAACAGGCAAACAGGACACGCGAUAUGUCGUGCAGAAAUAUAUCGAACGGCCGUUUCUGAUUCACCAUACAAAAUUCGACAUAAGACAAUGGUUCAUCGUGACGUGCGCUCAACCUUUAACUCUUUGGAUGUAUAAAGAAAGCUAUCUUCGUUUUUGCUCGCAAAAGUUCAGUCUGAAUGAUUUUCAUGAGUCGAUUCACCUGUGCAAUAACGCAAUUCAAUGCAAAUACAAUAACUGCGGCGACAGAGACUCUGCUCUACCCGCGGACAAUAUGUGGGACGCAACGACAUUCAAAGAGUUCCUCAGAUCUCAAGGUCAUGCUAAUGCGUGGGAUGAACAGAUCUAUCCAGGAAUGAAACAAAGUUUAGUGGGCUCGUUAUUGGCUAGUCAAGAAGCCAUGGAUCGACGGAAAAACAGUUUUGAAUUGUACGGCGCUGAUUUUAUGAUCAUGGAGGACUUUUCCGUAUGGCUGAUCGAGAUCAACAGUCAUCCAGACAUGAGCUACUCCACCAGUGUUACUACGCGAUUGUGUCGACAAGUGAUGGAAGAUACCAUUAAAGUCGUGGUAGAUUUUCGAGAAGAUAAAAAUGCGGAUACUGGAGACUUUGAGUUAGCAUAUAAGCAAAGACUGCCGAGUUGCCAACCGUACUUAGGCGCAGCUCUGACGCUUCAGGGUACUCGUAUUACCAUCUGCGAGAAGAAAUGGAAUUUGCAUCAAGAUUUUAAAUCUAACUUAGUCGCAAGAUCUCCAAUGAUGAAAAAGAAGCCAAUGGUACAUAGCAACAUUGGACCAGUGAUCGUCGAUCUCAUCGAGGAACUGGAGAUUCAGCUCGAUCAAGAAUGUUCUUAUUAUAACAUCAAUUCGCCUAAGUCGAGAUCAGCACUUCCAGCGACUGCACCGACGAAGCCUUUAAAGGCGAUUUCUGAUGAGAAAGCGGAUACUAUGACAAAGAGUACUUCAGCAGAUAUAACAACAAUCAGCAGAUCUAUCAACAAAGCAAAAGCACCUACUCCGUCCAAAAUUAACGUCCAGAACCACACUAAAUCUUCGAAUAACGAAAAAAGAUCUUCACAUAAACCGGCACGAAAAUUACACAUGUCCACCAACACUGCAGGCAGUAAACUGGAUAUAUCCUCGAGACAAACGUUGAUCUCGAAAAUCAUGGCUCUUCAGGAGCAAUCAACAAAAGAGGCGCCUAAAUCCGAGAAACCGUUGAGAAAAAAUGAGGACAAGAUCAUCAAAACUAUGAUACGAGAUACCAUGAAAAAAUACAAAAGAAACAUGAUUAAUCGACCAGAAGUACCGUCACUGCCUUCUAUACUUACAUCGCCAAUUGAGAAAGUCACACCCGUGUCGACGACGAAAAGCAAGAGUCGCAGCUUCCUUAAAAAACAAACGCACCGUAAAAAAAAUAAAAUUUUAUCAGACAUCUCCGAUAUGUACGCUGUCGGUUUGAAUGGUUUACAGCAGUUAGAAAAAUUACUCCGGAUUCCUGCGGAUUUUAUAUGGCAUACGAGUAAGAGACCUACUAUAAGAACGGACGACAAGACUAUCGUGAAUAAAUUUGCUGGUAGCUAUUUUACAUCCAAGUCAGCACAAAUGGAGGAAUUUAUACAAGAUUAUUAUAUCACUGCAUGUUUCGGGAUUUUAAAAUGGUUUAUGUUAUUUACCAACUUGGUAGGACCGAAGAAUACCUGGUCCCCAAAUGGAACAAUCCCUAUAAAUAUGAUUUCGUUCGCCUUAGAACGCUGUGAAGAAUAUAUAAGCAUUCAAAUACAUGAGGACAUAGACCAUAUAAAUUGUGACUAUACGCCUCCUUCUGUCUGGGAUCAAUUUUUAGAUUGGCAUCAUGAUAUACUAUACAAGCACGUUUUAUUGAAGGAAACCGAUGAAGUUGACAUAAAUGAGCUUGUAGCAUCAGUGCACAAUGUAGUGAAAACAAUGAUAAAAUAUCGACCGCAAAAUAUCAUCGACGGUAUAAAAAAUAUAUGGAUUUUAAAACCAGGUGAUGACAGUUUAGGUCGCGGAAUUGUUCUAAAAAAUUCUUUAGUUGAUAUCAUUGCAAAGGUGAAUCAAGCAGCGAAAGAAAAUGUCGAGUAUGUCGUGCAGAAAUACAUAGAGCGACCACUGCUUGUUCAUAAAACAAAAAUAGACAUCAGACAAUGGUUUCUAAUAACGAGUACACAGCCCCUUGUCGUAUGGAUGUUCAAGGAUAUCUUGAUACGAUUCGCUUCAAAAGAUUACACUCUCAGUGAUUUUCAUGAGUCUAUUCACCUGUGCAACACGACGGUACAGUUGAAGUAUCGACAGUUACCGAGAUGCAAUUCUGACUUACCUGAGCAACGUCAUUGGAAUCUUCAACACUUCAAGAAUUAUCUCCAAUCACGUGAUAAAAAAUUGGCUUGGGAAAAGAUUAUUAGGCCGGGAAUAAAACAAAAUCUGAUAGGAGCGCUUCUGGCAUCUCAGGAUAAUAUGGUAAAUCGUAAAAACAGUUUUCAAUUGUAUGGCGCUGAUUUCGUUGUGGCCGAUGAUUUUUCGGUGUGGCUGUUAGAAAUAAAUACAAAUCCACGAUUGCAUCCUCCAAGCAGCGAAGUUACCGCAAAACUCUAUCCAGAAGUCAUUGAAGAUGCAAUGAAAAUAAUCUUGGAUCGGCGUAAAAACAAAAAAGCACCCCAAGGAAAAUUCGAAUGUAUUUACAAGCAACGUAAUCCAUGUUGCGGCGUGAAUAUUUUGGGACAAGGUACGAAUCUUGGCAUUCGUGGCAAAGGUUUAUUCGUAACGCCAAAAUCAUCAAUGUAAUAUACAACUAUAAUAAGUAACUGUAUAAAAUAACAUUGCUGAAAUUCAUCUGUCAGAAAAUCUAUAUCGCAAAGAACUGUCUCAAUCUCUAUCAUAAUCGGUUAGAUAUAACGCAAACAAUUUCGUAUAUAAACAAAAUGUCAU